UUGACCGUGCCCAUGAGUCUGGCGUUGCCUACGUUACUCACCUACAAGGAUCGUUCCUUGGACACUACUCUUAUAUAUAAGGACGCAACACUCCCUGAGGAUCUUCUGUGGGAUCCUGGUUAUACCCAGCCAUUGACACGUCUUUCGUUUUAUUUCAACCAUCUUGACCUGCCUCUGGUGUCGUGUCAAGAGAGAUUUAUCUGUGAACUGGCUGCUGAUCCCAGUACCUUCUCACCCUUCGACCAGCUCUUCCUCAAGGAACUCAGACACGUAUAUGGACCAGUAACUUCCUCAGCUGACUCACUAAUGUGGAGAUAUAUGUCAGCUGCUCGUCAAGGUUUUGCCUCACCUAUACAAACCUGCAAGGCUGCCUUCCCUACCUGUCCUCUGGCUGCCAACCAAGUCUUGGAUAUGUCAGUCCUAAAAGUAUGGAAAUUCAUUACCACCAAAUUCAAUGUAAAUUUAUAUUGAAAGGAAUGUAGACUCGUGUAUAUCACAUACACAACGUGUACAGAGAGUGGAAUGAUGUUUCCUGUCAGUGAUGUUAGCUGAGAUGUCGAUAACUCAUUCUUUUGGGGUCGACUCUUGAUAAUAUUUGAAUUUGUUUAGAUAAGUUGGUAAGGUUAAGGUGGUACCUGGUGGAUGGUAGACAGUUAUGGUGGUACCUGAUGGA